GUUCAGCCCGGAUAUGCUUCGUACUACCGGCAAGCUCCCCAAGUCAUUCCACAGGCUCGUGUAGUCAACCAACCUGUGGUCUACGCGCAGAGGCCUGCCGUCGUCUCGUCCUACUACCGUCAACCGGUGGCCACUCCACAGGUCACUUCCAUUGUGAUUCCUCCAGCGGUUCAGACCACUUCGACGGUACUGUCGACGUCCUUCACCGGCCAACAGCAGCCACUGUCAUUCGGAAGCUUCGGAUCCCAGGAACCCUUGUCUUUUGCUAGCUUCGGGUCCCAGGAACCUCUGAAUUUCGGAUCCAGCUUCGGAUCCCAGGAACCUCUUUCCUUUAGCAGCUUCGGAACCCAAGAACCUCUGAAGAUUUCCAGCUUCGGAUCCCAGGAACCUCAGUCCUUCACCAACUUCGGAUCCCAGCAGCCAAUCUCCUUCACCGACUUCGGAUCCAAAGCGCCAGAACCCGCAAUUUCAAUUACUCCGUCGAAUUCCCUAUCGUUCUCCUUUGCGGACAGUGCCGCGUCUUCCGCUGCCAGCACCGGAAACAGUGGAUUCUCGGUAGAAACGGUCAAGUCCGAGGGUCACUCCUACUCCCUGGCUCCGGAGCACUACACCGUCGAGAAGAUGAUCGCUCCGGUCACCACAAUCGAAUCCUUCGAAGAAACUCACCACGCAGAUGUCCCGGAAUCUCCCCAAGCCAACUUUGUCCAGGAACUGUCACUGCGAGGAUCGGAAGAACCUCUGGACGUGCAAGCCAUUGCCGGUGCUUCCGCUACCGUCGAAGUAGACGGCAAAGCCGUCGAGGAACCCACCGCAUCCAAAGUAGUUCAAACUGAAGCAGCUGCCGUAGAACCGGAAGAACCAAUCACUCUGCCUGUCGUAGACGAAGCUCCUGAAGUGGAGGAAAUCGCUGAAGUGGCCCAAGUUUCCGUCCAAGAUCAGAAGACCGAGACCCGCUUCCAAGCUGAGCAACAAGAACAACAAUUCCAGCAACAGCAACCCCAAGCGAUCGCCGCCGUCCAACUCAACCAAGCGGAAAUCACCGAGCAGAUCCUCAAGCAGGCCAUCCCGAACGUCGUCAACCAGGUGUCCGGACACAUCAUCCAGCAGGCCAUCCCGCUGGUCGUAGACCGUGCCGUCCCGCAGGUCGUCUACCAGGCCGGCUCCGCCGUCGCCCAGCAAACCAACAAGCAGUCCGAACCCGUCCAGAUCGUAACCCCGUUCAACACCCACCAACAAAACCACCAGAAACAAAACGAAAAGGUUUUCGUCAUGUACGCCACGUCAGCCCCCAACAACCAGCAGUUCGAAAACGUCUUCAACAAAAACAACCAAUACGACGUCGAGGAAAACCUGGUCGUCCCCAUCGGAAACCGUAACCAACAGCAACAACAACAGCAAUCCCAAUUCCAAAUCACCCGCGGAAUCCAAGCAGGCUCCGGCACCCAGGAGCAGCGUCAAAACACCGCCUACUUCAACCACCAUAUUGUCAGCAACUUCCAGCGGGAGAAUGCGCUGCUGAAGCAACAACAGCAGCAAGGUGGGGUUAUUGGCAGCGGCGGCCAGGGUGCCACCUUCGAGCAGAUCCAGCAAAGCUACCCGGGACUGCUGCAGCGGAACAAGCGGAAGCCGGAGGCUUAAGCUUGUGUUUUUUUUAACGAGAAACAAUAGCCAAAAAUUUGACUGACUAACCUUGAGUUCGACUAACACCUCUGUAGUGCAAAUGGUUGUAUUUCAUGUUGAAAAUUGUACAAAAAGAAUAACAAAUAAAUACACGCGAAUUCUGUGCCAAAA